AUGGCGACGCGGGACUUGACGCGGACGUACGUGGCGCUGCGCAAGGACGUCAAGGCCAAGGUGGCCCGGCGCCGGCAGAUGGUCUCGCCGGACGUCCACAUGGAGGGCAACUCGCUCAUCCGCAACGACAUGCGCUCGGACCUCGACGUGGAGAUGGCCAAGACGGCGGGCCCGACGCCGGCGUGGGUCGACGCCGUCACGGACGUCAACAUUCACAUCGCACGCGUCAAGCUGCUCAUGGAGAAGCUCGGCAAGAUGCACACAAAGCGGCUCAUGGUGCGCUUUGACGGCUCCGAGUCGGACCACGAGCGCGAGAUUGAGAGCAUUACGGGCGAAAUCACGGGCGAGUUCCGCAACGCCGAGCGCAUCCUCAAGGCCAAGAUGAACGGCAAGGACGGCGUGUCCGAGGCCGACGCCAAGGCCCGACAAAACGUCCAGCGUGCCCUGGCGACGCAGCUGCAAUCCCUCUCGGCCGACUUUCGAAAGAGCCAAAAAGAGUACUUGGACCGCGUCAAGAACCAACGCCAGGGCCCGGCCGAAUUCGAGUUUCUCUCCGAGACGAAGAAGACCAAGACAUCCGGCCUCGACGGUGGGUUCAUGCAGGCGCAGAUGGCCGAGGUCGAGCUCGCCGAGGACUUGAUCAAUGAACGCGACCGCGAAGUGCAGCAGAUUGCAACGUCGAUCCAGGAGCUUGCCACCAUCUUCAAAGAGCUCGCCGUCCUCGUGAUUGACCAGGGCACGAUCCUCGAUCGCAUCGACUACAACAUGGAGCAAGUCGUUGAGCGCACACAGGCUGGCAUCGUCGAGCUUGAGAAGGCCGAGACGAUCCAGAAGAGCGCACGACCAAUGAAGUGCAUAGGCAUCCUCCUCGCGCUCAUCACGGCCAUGACGAUCAUCCUGAUGCUAAAACACAUGUAAUACUUGCAUGCGCACAGGGUUAUAAACACUUUUCUGGGCCUGUAUCCAUUCCCACGCGCCAAA